UCUGUCCCUUCACAAGCCCAGCUCGUAGUGGAGGUAGACACCUUUGGUAGCCAGGUGAGAAUCCGCGGCAAGGAGACCAACUAUUACCUGUGCAUGAACCGCCGUGGCAAGCUUGUUGGAAAGAAGGCCAGUAAUCGUAGUGCCGACUGCGUGUUCGUAGAGAAGGUUUUGGAGAACCACUACACAGCGCUGAUGUCAGCGCGCUACGCCGGCUGGUACGUGGGUUUCACCAAGAGGGGGCGCCCUCGUCGAGGCCCGCAUACCCUGCCCAACCAGCAGGACGUCCAUUUCAUGAAGCGCUUCCCUCCGGGAGAACAGCCUGACCUCACGCCUUUCCGCUUCACAACCGUCAGCAAGAGGAGCAAGAGGGUCCGAGCCACUGGUCCUCGCUAGCUAGUGACUAACCUAGCUAGCGGCCACACUGCCCUACCUAACAAUUGAUAACUGCUAAUCGCUAAGCUAAUGGACCAGGGCUACGCCUAGUCUUCUUCCACCGGUGCCCCACCUGACGCUUGCCUCUACUGGGACAACAGUGACGUGCCUGUUAGUUGCCAUUCCUGCUUUUCCUCCAGACCUCAAUUACUUCUAUUGGACCCUGUCCAUCACCAACAGCAUCUUGACCAGCCUGGCUGACUCCCUUGCACAGCCCAGAGACACUGACAAGGCCCCUGAAGGGUAGCUAAAUUUAGGCCCAGGGACUUUUUUCCCCAGACCCACAAACUUGAGAUGCUCUCUGUCUGAGAAUAUGUUGGGGUGAUAGUCCCCCAAGGCAUAACGAGGCCUGUGGGACAGCAGCAAGAGGGGGCAGGUGGAUGAAAAGAGUCUAAGACUAGAUGGAGGACAAACAGGAUGUGCAUGAAGGACACAGGAAGUCAAUAUGAGUGUAAGAAAUUAGUGGACUAAUUUGACUCUCUUAUAACUCUGUCUCACUCCUUUUCUGAGGACAGAUUAAUGAAUGAAUGAAUGCAUAAAUGAACGGAUUGGGUGGAUGGAUGAAUUGUUUGCGUGUGUGUGUGUUUGUUUGUUUGUUUGUUUAAUGCACCAAAGAUAAUUUGUGAAACUGUUUGGAGAGACUUGGGAGUGGGAGUAUGCAUGCCCCUUUUACUAAGCCCCUGACACCUCCACUGAAGAGAUAGAAGCUGUACAAACUGGAAUGUAUAAACCAAGCUGCACCAAAACAAACACACCUAAUCUACAACCGACCAAAGACAAUUGGAGAUCAACGACAGGACACCUACACAAGUCCCACCCCCAGAACACGAAACCCUCUGCUUAUAGGUCCAGAGGGUGAUUGACGAGCGGGCGUGGGGGCAGGGUGCUUUCUCUUCAUACUAGCGUUGCUAUAGAAACGACCCAGGGGAUGAUGCUCCCAUGCGAAACCAUGGAUACAGAAUGCUGCUAACAAGACAUUCAGUGGAACCAAAGUCUCAUGAUACACAAAAAAAAUAUUAAAGGGAACAAUUUAUUAAAAGCUAUAUAUAUAAAGAUGACAAAAACUCCAAAUAAGCGAUCUUACUAUGAUUGUUACUAUAAUUGUUGUUAUUAUUAUAAAAUUAUUUCACUUAUUUAUUUCAGCUCUGUGUGCAGCAGUCUUUCUAACAUCAGU